UCUUCUCCUAUUAUGUGAACCCACAUAUCCAGGAAAGUACCCUGGCCCCCUACGUGUUGCUCCUUGGGAUGAUGGGAGAAGGGGGGAACUGGUAUUUUCUCUUGGUUUUAGGAUAUGGGCCUACUUCUUUGACCGCUCGCUUAGACUGCAAGGUAACUAAGAAUCGGUAAUACACUCCGGUCUGGGGGCCUACAUAGUCACGCAUGGAGUCCGCCAGGUGGUGGCGGCGGAGCACGCUGGGAACGCAGGGCUUCCGUCGGCCUGGCCCGGAAGGGCUGGCCCUUGGUAACCCCAGCUUCCCUAGCAACCAAGCAGGCGAAAGCAGCAGCCAGCCGCGCUCCGCUCCCGUUGAUCCCGGAAUGCCCCUUCAGGUUAGCGAUUACAGCUGGCAGCAGACGAAGACUGCGGUCUUUCUGUCUCUGCCCCUCAAAGGCGUGUGCGUCAGAGACACGGACGUGUUCUGCACGGAAAACUAUCUGAAGGUCAACUUUCCUCCAUUUUUAUUUGAGGCAUUUCUUUAUGCUCCCAUAGACGAUGAGAGCAGCAAAGCAAAGAUUGGGAAUGACACCAUUGUCUUCACCUUGUAUAAAAAAGAAGCGGCCAUGUGGGAGACCCUUGCUGUGACGGGUGUUGACAAAGAGAUGAUGCAAAGAAUUAGAGAAAAAUCUAUCUUACAAGCACAAGAGAGAGCAAAAGAAGCUACAGAAGCAAAAGCUGCAGCAAAGAGGGAAGAUCAAAAAUAUGCACUAAGUGUCAUGAUGAAGAUUGAAGAAGAAGAGAGGAAGAAAAUAGAAGAUAUGAAAGAAAAUGAACGGAUAAAAGCCACUAAAGAAUUGGAAGCCUGGAAAGAAUAUCAAAGAAAAGCUGAAGAGCAAAAAAAAAUUCAGAAAGAAGAGAAAUUAUGUCAAAGAGAAAAGCAAAUUAAAGAAGAAAGAAAAAAAUUAAAAUAUAAGACUAGUACUAGAAAUUCGGCAUCGAGAAAUCUUGCUCCAAAAGGGAGAAGUUCAGAAAAUAUAUUUACUGAGAAGUUAAAGGAAGACAGUAUUCCUGCUCCUCGUUCUGUUGGCAGUAUUAAAAUCAACUUUACCCCUCGAGUAUUCCCAACAGCUCUUCGUGAAUCACAAGUAGCAGAAGAGGAGGAGUGGCUACACAAACAAGCUGAGGCACGAAGAGCAAUGAAUACUGACAUUCCUGAACUUUGCGAUUUAAAAGAAGAAGAAAAGAACCCCGAAUGGUUGAAGGAUAAAGGAAACAAAUUGUUUGCAACAGAAAACUAUUUGGCAGCUAUCAAUGCAUAUAAUUUAGCCAUAAGACUAAAUAAUAAAAUGCCACUAUUGUAUUUGAACCGGGCUGCUUGCCACCUAAAACUAAAAAACUUACACAAGGCUAUUGAAGAUUCUUCUAAGGCACUGGAAUUACUGAUGCCACCUGUUAUAGACAAUGCUAAUGCAAGAAUGAAGGCACAUGUACGACGUGGAACAGCAUUCUGUCAACUAGAAUUGUAUGUAGAAGGCCUACAGGAUUAUGAAGCGGCACUUAAGAUUGAUCCAUCCAACAAAAUUGUACAAAUUGAUGCUGAGAAGAUUCGGAAUGUAAUUCAAGGAACAGAACUAAAAUCUUAAUGACUAUUAGAGGUAACUAAGUAUUGUUAUAAGUUUUUUAAAAAGACUUGGAGGCAUUAGGAAUCUUUGUACAUAUUAUGGCCAAUUGUACAGAAUUGCUUUGUUUAGUACUCUAGUUCUGUAGAGGGCAAAAUAUUAUAAAUCUAUACAAAAUAAACUGACUUGAAUCAUUUCUGAAUAAAUAUAAAUAAGAAUCUAUUUUAAUUCCUUAUUUCUUCAUAUUAAUACAUACGUAUACAUUUUUGUGUUACUGAAUUAAGCUUGCCCUUGUAACAAAAUAUAUUUUGGUAUAGUUACCAGGACACUUACUGAUUAAUUUUUAACAAGGUAGAAUUUUAAAAUAAAAGAUUGUUUAUAAAUAA